AUGUUUCCUCAAGAACCAGCGAUACGUCUGUUCCACGAUAAAGACCACAAUCUUGAAAAUUUUACUGUUGUUUGGCUUGAUGCUGAUAUAAAUAAAACAGAUGAUUGCCACAGCACAAAAAAGCGUUUAAGACCCAUUGCUAAUCAUUUAACAACGUUUUGUGAUGUUGAUGAAUGUAUCGAUUAUAUCUCAUCAAUUAAAGUCGAGCAAAUAGCUGAGAAUGCUAAAGUUUUGUCAAAAGACAUGAUGCCAAUGAAUGUAUUUAAUUUGUCUCACAAUGAAAAAUCAAUUCGUGGUUUAGACAAAGAAAGCGCUGUGUUUAUAUGGAAUCAAUUGUUAAUGGAUGUUCUACUUCCUAUGCCAAAAUCUGACGAAUCGAAAACGGAAAUGUUAACCCAAUAUGAAUCAUAUUGUAGAGACAAUGAUAAAGAACUCGAAAACUUACAUGAUUUUGAUUUGAAUUAUUCAUCUGAUGCAGCCGUGUUGUGGCACGCAUGA